AUGAGACUGUUUGAAAUUUUAUUUUUUAUGGGCUUUCCUGAGCUGGGGAUUUAUGAGGCAAAGUUUUGUUGCACUGAAAGAUUUGCUACUAAGGUGAAAGAAGAUUGGAAGUACGUGGCAAUGGUGCUGGACCGACUUUUCCUUUGGAUUUUCACUAUGGCCGUGUUGGUGGGAACGGCGGGGAUCAUUUUGCAGGCGCCGACACUGUAUGANAAAACGUGGACUCUCUCUAUACAAUGA